AUGGCUUCUGAAAAUGCAAAUCUAGUUUUCAAAGAUGGUGGUAGUAAUAACAAGUCUCCGUUGUUUUGUGGUGAAUAUUUUGAUUUUUGGAAAAUACGCAUGAAGGAACAUCUAGAGUCUCAAGGAAAAGAAGUUUGGAAAGCACUUGUAGAGGGUCAUUUCAUUCCUACUAAUGUUGUUAAUGGUGUUGGCUCCCCAAGCCCGAAGGUUUAUGGGAUGAAGACGAUGAGAAAAAGACGGGCUAGAUCCACUUAUUCCAAAAGUGAUAGUGAGAAGAAGAAUGGAGGUCAGAACCGUGGUAAACCUUAUGUGACUCCAACUGAUAAGGGAAAGCACAAAACUGCUGGUGGGAAAGAGACAAGUGAGGGUACAGUGGCGACUUGUUUCAACUGUGGAAAACCAGGUUAUAUAAGUACCCAGUUUCAGAAAUCAAAGAAGACAGAUUUUGCGCAAGCGAGAGGUAAGGUGUUUGCUCUGAGUAGUGUUGAGGUCUCGAAGCCAUAUAAUUUGAUUCGAGGUACGUGUUUCAUUAAUGGUGUUUUCUUGAUUGUUAUCGUUGAUACUGGAGUGACACAUUCUUUCAUUUCGCUUGAUUGUGUUAAGAGAUUAAGUUUGGUAGUAUCUUCAAUGAAUGGUAGUAUGAUUAUUGGUAUCCUGACAUAUGGUUUUGUGACUACUUUGCUGGUUUGUUUGAAUUUCCUAUUGACCAUUUAUAGUAAAGAGUUUGGAGUUGACUUGGUUUGUCUACCUCUAAGUCAACUUGAUUUUAUUCUAGGGAUGUAUUGGUUUGAGUUUAACCAUUUUCAUAUUAAUUGCUUUGAUAAGACUGUGAUGUUUCCCAAACCCAAAGAUAUGGCGGAUUUGAGAUUCAUGUCUGCGUGUAAAGUGGAGAUGUCCUUGGAGGAGAAAGAUCAAAUGCUUAUGAUGUUUGCUUCCUUAAGAGUGGAUUGUGAGGCUGUGAGUGUUGAGAUGACUGUUGUGUGUGAAUUCCCUGAUGUGUUUCCUAAGGAUAUUAGUAAUUUUCUACCGAAGUGA